AUGGCGUCAGUUUCGCCACCCAAGCCGUGGGAGAGGGCAGGCGCUGCUGGUGGGACCGCACUUUCAGCGUCUCCUGCGACGAGUUCGGCUCCCACUUCAACUAUGUCUUCGGCUGCGCCGACCGCGACCGCCGCUACCACCACAUCGACCGCUCCCGACCUACCCUCUCGUCCUAAUACCUUGAAUGCCGUUGUAAAUCAAACAGCGUCUAACUACUCACCAUACGGCGCUUCCCGGUUUGGUGCGUCUCCGUAUGGAGGGUACGGCGGUUACUCUUCUCCCUACUCUCGCUUUGGCACAAUGGGAUCGAUGUAUGGAGGGUACGGUGGCUAUGGUGGCAUGUAUGGUGGAAUGGGUGGAAUGGGAGGGAUGUACGGCGGCAUGCCGGGGGAUCCCAACAAUCCCAAUAGUUUGACGAAUUCUUUUAGCCAAAACACGCAGGCUACGUUUCAGCUGAUUGAGAGCAUUGUGGGCGCAUUUGGAGGAUUCGCUCAGAUGCUGGAGAGCACUUAUAUGGCGACCCACAGUUCUUUCUUUGCUAUGGUCUCCGUUGCCGAACAGUUUGGUAAUCUGCGCAAUACCCUGGGCUCUGCCCUUGGGAUUUUCACUUUAAUUCGGUGGUUCAGGACGUUGAUCGCAAAGAUAACUGGUCGCCCGCCGCCAGCUGACGCCACCGCCCUUACACCAUCUGCCUUCGCGGCGUUCAUGAACGGAAGAUCAGCGCCAGCCACCCUCCCAGACGGGACUCCCGCCCCUCCUAAGCCAUCCAAGAAGCCUUUCUUCAUGUUUUUGGUUGCCGUCUUCGGCCUCCCCUACUUGAUGGGCAAACUGAUUAAGGCGCUGGCUCGCUCGCAGGAGGAGCAGCGCAAACAGCUUAUGGUUGGACCCAACGGUGAGCCCUUGCAACAAGGCGCGCCUUUAGAUCCAUCCAAGCUGGACUUCUGUCGAGUGCUUUAUGACUACUCUCCCGAGGCCCAGGAGGCCAACGGAAUUGACUUGGCUGUGAAGAAGGGCGAUAUCGUUGCCGUGCUCAGCAAGUCGGACCCUAUGGGAAAUGCAUCUGAAUGGUGGCGAUGUCGCGCCCGAGACGGCCGCGUGGGUUAUCUCCCAGGACCAUAUCUGGAGACGAUCCAGCGGAAGCCUCAACAACAGACCAUCACGUCUGGCAGCGAAACCAGCAGCCGUAGUAACAGUCUGCGCACAAACUCCGCUCUGGAUAAGAAGCCAGAAUUGAAAGGCAAGAUGGGGGAUAUUUCUCCGGAAAGCUUCCAAAAAAGCGCCUUUUACUCAUAA